AUGGAGGAUGAUAAUGGGCUCGAGCUCAGCUUGGGUCUUUCUUGUGGAGGAUCAUCAGGCAAAGCAAAGGGUAACAAUACUAAUAAUGCUGGAAGCUCCUCGGAGAAUCAUAGGGCAGAAGGAGGCGAUAGAAGCGCUAAAGUGAUUGACGACUUCAAGAAUUUCCUUCAUCCAACUUCUCAAAGACCGGCAGAGCCGAGCUCUGGUUCUCAGAGAAGCGAUUCGGGUCACCAACCUCCACAGAAUUUCUUCAAUGACCUCUCCAAAGCUCCUACCACUGACGCUGAAGCAUCCACGAAACCUUUGUGGGUGGAGGAUGAGACACGGAAAGAAGCAGGAAAUAAAAGAAAGUUUGGAUUCCCAGGAAUGAACGAUGAAAAGAAGAAAGAGAAGGACUCUUCAUCACAUGUUGAUCUGUACGAUAAAAAGACAAAAGCAUCCCAUGUUUCAACCGCGACAGAUGAAGGAUCAACAGCCGAAAAUGAAGAUGUAGCAGAAUCUGAAGUAGGUGGCGGUUCUUCUUCCAACCUCUCAAAAGAGGUGGUUCGUCCUCCUGCUGAUACAAACACUGUGGACAACUUAACCGGUCAAAGGAAGAAUAGCCAUGGUGGAUCUGGCGCUGAAGAGUUUACAAUCCGCAACAUGAAUUACACAGUGCCUUUCACGGUUCAUCCGCAGAAUGUCGUCACUAGUCUGCCUUACUCUUUACCUGCGAAAGAGUCUGGACAACAUGCAGCAGCUACAAGUCUAAUGCAGCCUACUGUUAAUGCUGGGAAUCUCCCAAUUAUGUUUGGAUACUCACCGGUUCAGCUCCCUAUGCUGGAUAAGGACAGUUCAGGCGGGAUUGUCGCGCUUUCUCAAUCUCCAUUUGUUGGAAGAGGCCCAUCAAACUCGGCUACCACGAAAGGCGAGGGGAAACAGCCUGUUGCAGAAGAAGGCUCAUCCGAGAAUGCAUCAGAACAACCAACGGGAGACAACAAUAACAACAAUACCGCUUUCUCUUUCGACUUAUCUGCCAUAAAACCCGGAAUGGCAGCAGAUGUGAAGUUUGGAGGAUCCGGGGCACGUCCAAAUCUACCGUGGGUCUCAACUACCGGCUCAGGCCCGCAUGGUCGGACAAUCUCGGGUGUUACAUACCGUUACAACGCUAACCAGAUCAAAAUCGUAUGCGCUUGCCACGGCUUGCAUAAGUCGCCAGAGGAGUUUGUCCGGCAUGCAAGCGAGGAGUAUGUUAGCCCGGAAUCAUCCAUCGGAAUGACCGCUGCAUCAGCUCAGACCUGA